AUGGACUUAAUGGCUCCAAAGGUUCAACAAACUAAGGCUGCUAAGGCUGCUGCCGCUUUAGCCGGUGGUAAGAAAGGUAAAAAGAAGUGGAAUAAGGGUAAGGUUAAGGAUAAGGCUCAACACGUUGUUGUCUUAGACCAAGAAAAAUACGACAGAAUCUUAAAGGAUGUCCCAACUUACAAAUACGUUUCCGUCUCUGUCUUAGUUGAUAGAUUAAAGAUUGGUGGUUCUAUUGCCCGUGUUGCUUUAAGACAAUUAGAAGACGAAGGUAUCAUCACCCCAGUCUUAAAACACUCCAAGCAAGCUGUCUACACCCGUGCUCAAUAG